AUGGGACAGAGUAAUAACAUCACAGAAUUUGUCCUCCUGGGCCUCACCCAGGAUCCUGAUGGACAAAAUGCAUUAUUCACCAUGUUUUUACUCAUCUACAUUGUGACAAUGGUGGGCAACCUKCUCAUUGUGGUGACUGUCAUUGCCAGCCCCUCUUUGGACUCCCCAAUGUAUAUCUUCCUUGCCUAUCUGUCACUCAUGGAUGCUGUCUACUCCACUGCUGUCUCACCCAAGAUGAUUAUGGACUUACUGUAUGAUAAAAAGACAAUUUCCUUCCCAGCAUGCAUGGGCCAGCUCUUCAUAGAACACCUAUUUGGGGGUGCCGAGGUCUUCCUUCUGGUGGUCAUGGCCUAUGAUCGCUAUGUGGCCAUCUGUAAGCCACUGCACUACUUGAGCAUCAUGAAUCGAAGGGUUUGCAUCCUCCUCUUGGUGGUGGCCUGGGUGGGAGGUUUUGUACACUCUGUGGUUCAGCUUGUCUUUGUUUCCCGUCUCCCCUUCUGUGGUCCCAAUGUCAUUGACCACUUCAUCUGUGACAUGUACCCAUUAUUGGAACUUGCAUGCACUGACACCUACUUUAUAGGCCUCACUGUGGUUGCCAAUGGUGGAGCAAUCUGUAUGGUCAUUUUUAUCCUUCUCCUGAUCUCCUAUGGGUUCAUCCUAAAYUCCCUUAAAACCUAC